AGAGCGGAGGGGAUAAACGGACAAAAGAGAAAAGCUGGGAACAAAUCCAAGCCAACCAACCAAUCCCAAUAUCCAUAGACCACACUCUCCGUUGGACCACAGCUCCCCUUCCCCAACCAAAACUAAGAACCCCCUGCAACUCUGCAAGAACACCACCAUCCCACCUCCCAGCAAAAAAUACUCCAGAAAUCUUUUUUGUACGAAAAAGAAGGGGAAAUAUUGGUCAGAUUUACUCCACAUCAUUUCCCAUGCACCGGCACUGAGGAAACCGUUCCGGCCCAGUUCAUUCCACGGUUCCAGGAAAUCCUCGCCGAUCCAGGCAAAUCUUGUUGAGCUACCCACACCGGAGCGCCAACAAAGUUUGCUUCAUGACAGCUCCCUGAGCUGCUGCUGCUCGUUAUCCAAGAGAGGCAAGGCAACGAGCUUUUUCCUUGGGUAAUUAGCUAGCUGCUCGUCGUUGCAGAAAGGCCUUAGUGCCGAGUCAUGUCAGCGUCGCUGUCGAUGAGCGGCGGAGCCGGGGAGGCUGCGACGCGGACGGUUGUGUGGUUCAGGCGGGACCUGCGCGUGGAGGACAACCCGGCCCUAGCGGCAGCGGCGCGAACAGCCGGGGAGGUGGUGCCAGCGUACGUGUGGGCGCCGGAGGAGGACGGGCCCUACUACCCUGGGCGGGUGUCCCGGUGGUGGCUCAGCCAGAGCCUCAAGCACCUGGACGCCUCGCUGCGCCGGCUCGGCGCCAGCCGGCUGGUCACCCGGCGGUCGACCGACACCGUCGCCGCGCUGCUCGAGCUCGUCCGCAGCACCGGCGCCACCCAUCUCUUCUUCAACCACCUCUACGACCCGCUGUCGCUGGUCCGGGACCACCGGGUGAAGCAAGUGCUGGCGGCCGAGGGCAUCUCCGUGCAGUCCUUCAACUCCGACCUGCUCUACGAGCCAUGGGAGGUCCUCGACGACCACGGCUCCCCCUUCACCAUGUUCACGUCCUUCUGGAACAAGUGCCUCUGUAUGGUCGACCCCCCCGCGCCCAUGCUGCCACCCAAGAGGAUCAAUUCAGGUGACUUGACGAGGUGCUCAUCAGACGACCUGAUUUUCGAAGACGACUCGGAGAGGGGGAGCAACGCGCUGCUCGCACGGGCGUGGUCGCCGGGGUGGCAGAACGCCGACAAGGCUUUCACAGCCUUCAUCAACGGCCCGCUCAUCGACUACUCCGUCAACCGCAAGAAGGCCGACAGUGCAAACACCUCACUGCUCUCCCCUUACCUGCACUUUGGCGAGCUCAGCGUCCGCAAGGUCUUCCAUCAAGUACGGAUGAAGCAGCUAACAUGGAGCAACGAGAGCAACCGUGACGGCGAGGAAGGCUGCAGCCUCUUCCUCCGCUCCAUCGGCCUGCGAGAGUACUCCAGGUACCUCGCCUUCAACCACCCGUGCAGCCACGAGAAGCCCCUCCUGGCUCAUCUCAGGUUCUUCCCCUGGGUGGUCAAUGAGGUCUACUUCAAGGUCUGGAGGCAGGGUAGGACCGGCUAUCCUCUUGUCGACGCCGGCAUGAGGGAGCUUUGGGCCACCGGCUGGCUGCAUGACAGGAUACGUGUCGUCGUCUCAAGCUUCUUCGUCAAGGUUCUCCAGCUGCCAUGGCGCUGGGGGAUGAAGUACUUCUGGGACACCUUGCUGGACGCCGACCUUGAGAGCGACGCCUUGGGCUGGCAGUACAUCUCCGGGUCUCUACCUGAUGGCCGUGAGCUCGACCGCAUUGACAAUCCACAGUUUGAAGGAUACAAGUUCGACCCAUACGGGGAGUACGUGCGUCGAUGGCUACCGGAGCUGGCAAGGCUACCAACGGAAUGGAUACACCACCCCUGGGAUGCACCCGAGUCUGUGCUGCAGGCUGCAGGAAUUGAGCUAGGUUCCAAUUACCCUCUCCCCAUUGUUGAGCUAGAUGAAGCCAAGUCCAGGUUACAGGACGCCCUGUCAGAGAUGUGGGAGCUUGAGGCGGCCUCUCGUGCUGAGAUAGAGAAUGGAAUGGAGGAAGGCCUGGGAGACUCCUCGGAUGAGCCACCCAUUGCCUUCCCCCAAGAGCUGCAGCACAUGGAAGUGGACCGUGCCACUAGCCACACACCGGCGACCGCUGGUCCUGCCCGGAGACGAGCAGAUCAGAUGGUGCCUAGCAUCACCUCUUCCUUGGUCAGAGCUGAAACAGAAACAGAACUUUCCGCAGUUUUUGAAAGCGAAGUGAGUAGGCCGGAGGUGCCAUCGCAGGUGCAUUUCCAGGCUCAGCCUCGGAUGGAAAGCAGGGAACAAGUUGCCAGCGACGGCACUGCUGCCAGAUACAACCAGCAGUAUACCCUACACCGUGUGCAGGGCGGCGGCAUAGCACCAUCCACGUCAGAGGCAUCAAGCAGCUGGACUGGGAGAGAAGGUGGGGUAGUACCCGUCUGGUCACCUCCGGCUGCGUCGGGCCAUUCAGAUCCUUAUGCUGCGGAUGAAACUGACAUUUCCAGUAGGAGUUAUCUGGACAGGAACCCGCAGUCACAUAAUAGGUUGAUGAACUGGAACCAGCUUUCCCAGUCAUCGUGAACUCAGAUGCAUGCUGGAUGAACAACAGCAGGUUGCCAAGUGGAAAACUUUUGUCCGUAUGCGAUAACGAAUUUAAUUGUGUAGGGCGUUGGACAGUGACAUAUGUACAUUAUCGCCUUAUGUUCACAUAUAGCCUUGCUAUGCAGGAAUCAAGUGAUGCAGCUUCAUGGGUGCAAUAAGUUGUGUAAAACUAGACUUGUAGAACUUCUGUGGUGUAGUAGAUUGCUAGUUGUCAAAAGGAUAUGCACCAUUUAUCAGAUUAUAAGGGGUAUGUCUGUAAUGGUACAUUACCUUUGGUUCUUGCCAUCUUUGCCGACCAAGAUGUCACCACAUAGCUUGACUUGGAGACAAACCUUUGGCAGAGUGUACAAAUAAAAAUUGUAAGAUUAGGAAAACCACAGGUUGUGGUGCCUUGUAUUGAUCAUUAUAUAGAGGUUACAAGGCAGAGUCCUUUCCAUA